AUGUCGUCUCUCGGCCAGACGAAUAUAUCAGCAGCUGUAUACCCUGUAUCACCUACAGUCAUUGCCACCAUCACCGUGCUAGGCGCUGUCAUGGCCUAUUCCGGUCAACUUAUGUUUCGUUGUGCCACUAAUAGGAUGGAACAGAAAAACUUUCCAAUACGCCUACUCAAAUGCUUCAUGGCAGGAACCAUGCUCACAAAAACUGCCUUAUUCGCUACCAUGUCGAGUAAACAAGCAAUCAACAAUUGUACCCAUAUCGCACGAACAGCCGAUGUUCUUUAUCAUCUAAGUAUGACAGCGGGCAUGACGGUACUCUUAUUGCGAAUACGGGCAGUACUUCCAUUUGGAUGGAACUCCUAUAUCAAAAGUUUGCAUGUCGUCCUUGUUGGAAUGCGUAUCAUUAUCGGCGCUGUCGAUGUUGUAUUGUUGGAGCGUGCUGUUCUGCCUAGUGGAGCAUGCCAAUUUCAAGAAAACAAAGCUUGGGGACCGGUUUACACCGUAUACGACACGCUAGUCGACUUGUAUGUCACUAUCGCUAUCGGUAUCACCUUAUACCGCCAUGUCAAACGUAUACGAACCUCACUCGAUGAUGAGCAAGCAUCGGGUUCGUACUAUGCUAUUAUUAUGCAAAAUGUCAUACGUACAACCGUGUUGUUCGUGAGCAACCUUGCAACAGUCAUUUUGAUGCUCAAGAGUGCAAAUCAAAUCGUUCUUAUUAUCUAUUGGCCCAUUACCAACAUGCUGUUUAUAUUGCUAAUUGGCUAUGAUUCGGAUUUGGUGCAAGUCGUUCGAGGGAUCCGAAAACGAGCGCUCUUUGGCCGAUCGCAUCAACAAAGACCAUCACUCAGCUCACAAUCACAUGACAUUCAAUUGGAUGAUUUUCGUCGAUGCGCUUCAUGCGGCACACUCACUGAUUCAACCAACCAGCAUCAACACACUCCUAUCAUUCAUGAAAAUAGAAGCAGUGCACUGAUGCCUACCAUUCUUACUACAUCCGCUACCAUCGACUCACGAGCAUCAGGAUCCAAGGACAGCAACAACAAUGAUCCCGAUACUGUUCAUUCACCAUAG